CGCUUGUGAGUUUUAAAAAGAAAUGGCAUUACUAUCCAAUGAAACCAUUCUGUUGUAACCCAAUAACAUUGGAUCGAACAAUAAAUCACCUAAACACUGUGAAUCAUCAUCAUCCCCAUCAUCAUCAUCAUCAUCCUCAUCAUCAUCAUGUAGCUCCACAUCAGUAGGCUGGACACCGUGUCAUGUGAGUUGACAGUACAAGCAGCGAUGGAGCAAAGCUAAGGAAGGAACCUGCCCUGGCAGUGGCUUCCAUUCUACCCAGAGUGCUUGUGGAAUGGCAGCAGUUUGGCAGCAGGUUUUGGCAGUGGACGCAAGGUACAAUGCUUACCGCACGCCUACCUUUCCACAGUUUCGAACUCAGUACAUCCGCCGACGCAGCCAGCUGCUCAGAGAGAACGCCAAGUGUGGCUUUGAGCCAGGGCUGCGCAGGCAGUACCUGAAGCUGCGCAGUCAGCUGCUGGCCCUGCGUUACGGGCCCCUGUCUGAGCAGAGCAGCUUCAGGGCCAGCAGUGUGCGCAGCUCCCGCACCACACUGGACCGCAUGGAGGACUUUGAGGAGGACCCCCGCACCCAAGGGGCUCGUGGUCACCGCCGCUCUGUCAGCAGAGGCUCCUACCAGCUACAGGCUCAGAUGAACAGGGCCGUUUAUGAUGAGAGGCCUCCAGGCAGUUUGGUGCCUACCUCUGUGGCAGAGGCCAGUCGUGCCAUGGCAGGGGACACAACUUUGAGUGAAAAUUAUGCUUUUGCUGGCAUGCACCACAUAUUUGACCAACAUGUAGACUCUGCAGUCCCACGGUUGCAGUUUGCCAAUGAUGACAAGCACCUCCUUGCUUGCUGCUCCCUGGAUGGCACCCUGUCCAUCAUGACGUUGUCUCCCUCUCCUCCCAGUGUUAAGGUGACACUGAAAGGUCACGGAGGUCCUGUCACAGACUUUGCUUGGUCUCUGAGUAAUGACAUCAUUGUGUCGACAUCCCUGGAUGGGACUCUGCGUAUCUGGAACACGGGGGAUGGCCGGUGCAUCCGAGAAGUCAGAGACCCAGAAUCCAGCGAGUUGCUUUGCUGCACCUUCCAGCCGAUGAAUAACAACCUUACUGUGGUGGGAAACAGCAAGCACCACCUGCAGGUGGUGAACAUCUCCACUGGGAAGAAGGUGAAGGGGGGCUCCAGUAAGCUGACAGGUCGCGUGCUGUCUCUUUCCUUUGAUGCUCCAGGGAGGAUCCUUUGGGCUGGUGAUGACAGGGGGAGCAUUUUUUCCUUCCUCUUUGACAUGGCCACAGGGAAGCUGACCAAAGCCAAGCGUCUGGUGGUGAGUGAAGGCAGCGCCAUCUGCAGCAUCUCUGCCCGGUCCUGGAUUAGCCGAGAGGCCAGAGACCCCUCCCUGCUGAUCAACGCCUGUGUCAAUAAGCUGCUGCUGUACAGGGUGGUGGACAAUGAUGGUACUCUACAGCUAAAGAGGAGCUUCCCUAUCCAGCAUGGGUCCCAGCACGUUCACAGCAUCUUCUGCCCCCUCAUGUCUUUCAGACAGGGGGCCUGUGUGGUGACUGGCAGCGAGGAUGCCUGUGUCUACUUCUUCGACGUUGAACGCAAUACCAAGGCAAUAGUGAACAAGUUACAGGGUCACGGGGGACCAGUGCUGGAUGUCAGCUUCAACUGUGACGAGAGUUUACUGGCAUCUGCCGAUUCCACCGGUAUGGUCAUCAUCUGGAGGCGGGAGCAAAAGUGACUGAUCCACAAACGCUUCCAUCCCCUCCAUACAAACGGCGCUGCCGCUCCGUAG